AUGCAGAGUAAGUAUUGUUGGACUCUGGUGCCUCCUCAGGUUCCUCAGGAGGACAUGAGCGACCAUGAUGAAAAAGAUCUGAUUGCUCUGAAGCGUCUGAUGCAGAAGAUCGGGCAGGAUUGGAAGCAGGAUGAUGUUUCGAACCAUGCAGCCUAUGUUAAGGGGGGAUUGGGUUUUGUUCAGGAGUCCAGAGGGGCACUGAGAAGACAAGUGAUGGCGAAGGUAGUUCACAGGGUGAGCACAAAGAACAUGAGUGAAGUGGAUGUGAGGACCGAGAGUACGAUGAAGCUGAAGUGGAGCAUCGCCCCCUAG